AACUACUAGGUGAAAAUGACACAGCAAAUGCAUAAUUUAAGUCUCCUCCAGACUAAAAAGAACAGCAUGCCAUCUUCUCCAAAUGCUGCAAAGCGGUUGUAUCGGAACCUGUCAGAGAAGCUGAAGGGGAGUCAUACAUCCUUUGACGAAGCAUAUUUCCGAGCUCGAUCAGACCGGCUCAGUCUCCGUAAGACCUCAAUGAAUUUCCAGUGCAAUGAAGCUAUGUUUGAGGCCGUAGAACAGCAAGAUCUGGAUGCUGUUCAGAUUCUUCUUUAUCAAUACACACUGGAGGAACUGGACCUGAACACACCAAACAGCGAAGGACUAACUCCAUUGGAUAUUGCCAUUUUGACAAACAAUGUCCCUAUUGCUCGGACUCUUCUACACGUUGGGGCAAAGGAAAGCCCACACUUUGUUGACAUGGAAAGCAGGUCAAUGCAUCUGAGUACAUUGGUUCAGGAAGCCCAGCAGCGAGUUACUGAAUUGUCUGCACAAGUGAUGAAUGAAGGCCUUGGUACAGAAAACACAGAAAAACAGAAGCAACUAAGAGCAUGGGAAUGGAGAUACAGGCUAUACAGGCGCAUGAAGGCAGGCUACGAGCAUGCUAGAGCCCCUGAGGCGCCAACCAAUGUCUGUCUCAUGGUAACAAGCAGUACAUCACUCACUGUCACCUUCCAAGAACCUCUAAGUGUCAACUCAGCUGUGGUGACCAAGUAUAAAGUGGAAUGGAGCUGUUCGGAAGACUUUUCUCCCUUGGUUGGUGAAAUAGUUAUGGAUAAUCUUCAGCCUUUGAGGUGCUCCAUCACAGGUCUCAGAACAGGUCAGAGGUAUUACGUUCAUGUUUCAGCAUACAACAUGAAAGGAUGGGGACCUCCACGCAAAUCUACUCCUGCAUAUGCUUCUCCUUCAAACUGGAAAGACUGCAGUGGAAGAGAACCUCGGCACAGGGGACACACUGAGGCCUUGGAACGUCUCCUUCAGCAGGUUCGAGCAGCUCAUCAGCAUUAUAAUUGCAGAGAAAGUUCCAAAUUACAGAAUGCUGGUCGCAAGCAAUCAGUGUCUAGAAGCCUGAAGCACCUGUUUCAUUCAUCGAACAAAUUUGUGAAGACUCUGAAACGGGGACUCUACUUAUCUGUUAUAUUUUUUUACAAAGACAAUUUAUUAGUAACCAAUGAAGAUCAAAUCCCAAUUGUGGAAAUUGAUGACUCUCACAGUAGUUCAAUUAUGCAGGAUUUCCUGUGGUUCACAAAGUUGUCUUGUAUGUGGGAUGACAUCAGAUGGCUGAGGCAGAGUAUGUCUAUAUCCGUGUCCUCAUCAACAACACUUCAAGCCAGGCAAAAGAUGCUUUCUGCAGCAGCACAGCUACAGAAUUUGCUGGGAACUCACAACUUAGGCAGAGUUUUUUAUGAGCCCAUCAAAGAUCGACAUGGCAAUAUACUGAUAGUUACUAUAAGAGAAGUGGAGAGUCUUUAUUCGUUUUUUAAUGGCAAAUGGAUGCAGGUAUCCAAACUACAAAGCCAGAGGAAAUCCCUUUCAACUCCAGAGGAGCCAACAGCGUUAGACAUUUUGCUUAUAACAAUCCAGGACAUACUUUCCUAUCACAAACGAAGUCAGCAACGCCUUCCUCCUGGCUUAUAUCUGGGUUACCUUAAACUCUGCAGUUCUGUGGAUCAAAUCAAAGUUCUCGUGUUGCAGAAGUUGCCUAAUGUCCUGUGUCAUGUCAAAAUCCGAGACAACAGCAACGUCUCCAAAGAUGAGUGGGAAUGGAUCCAAACACUUUCUGGCUCAGAAUCUAUGGAAAGUAUGGAUCAUACUUCAGACUGCCCUACUCAAUUGUUCUUGUAUGAGCUCCAGAUGGCAGUGAAAGCUCUCCUUAAACAGAUCAAUCUACCUCUGCAUCAGGCUAAGCACUUCCGUCUGUAUACACAGGAGGUGUUGGAACUGGGUCACAAUGUCUCCUUUCUUCUCCUGCUCCCCGCCUCAGACGACGUCUGCACUGCCCCAGGACAGAAUAAUCCUUACACCCCACACUCAGGAUUUCUUAACCUCCCUCUUCAGAUGUUUGAACUUGUUCAUUUUUGCUGUUACAAGGAAAAAUUUAUAAGCCUGUAUUGCCGCCUUUCUGCUGUCAUAGAGCUGGACUCUCUGAAAACCCAGCAAUCCCUAAGGGAAGCAAUUUCAGACAGUGAAGUCGCUGCAGCCAAACAAAGACACCAGCAAGUUAUAGACUACAUACAGCAAAUUGAUGAUAUCUGGAGGGAAAUGAGAUGGAUCACAGAAGCACUGCAGUAUGCCAGAUACAAGCAGCCAGCAGCUGGCCUACCAAUAAAGAAGCUUGUGAAUCUUUCAGAACACUCUCAAAAGAAAAUCAGUUCAACCUCUUCACAUCUAGAUUGUCUUCCUUCACCGCCCCCCUCACCUGAGGCUAGAAGCCAGAGGAGAAAAGCUGUGAGUGAUUCCCAGCCCUGCUCAGAUGAAGAAGGCUGCUCUGAAGUAUUCCUUCCAACUGACAGUGACUAUGAUUCCAGCGAUGCAUUAAGCCCCAGAGAAUUAGACUUGAUUUACUCGUCCUCACAUGACAUAUCCCAGCAGGCAGGCAGUGGCCUGGGUGGUAGUGCACCUGAUGUUCUCCAAGUCCAUGACAUGAAGCCUUGCCUAACAUUGAAAGAAGGCCUGACAGAGUGUAGUGCCUUUGAUACUAAUGCUGAACAUUGCACAGAGUAUAUGAGCAAUCUAACAAUGUCAGGGAAUACAUCAAAAAGCAUAGACAAGUCCUCUAGCUCCAAGCAGCCAUUGAGCUUUUUAGGGAAAAAAAAGCUAGGGAAACAUCAACAUUACAACUACUUCAGCAGGCAUCAUCGUUGGCUGCGUGUGCACAGCGAGACACAGUCUGCCUCUCUGUCUGAAGGCGUAUAUACUCAGCAUCUCAUGAGAUCUUCAGAUUUAUCUCAAGAACCUACCUCCAGUGAGCAGUUACAGAUUCCCAUUGAUGGAUCUCAGAGCACUUUCUUACCUCAUGCAUCCAGCCUUCCAGAAGAUGGAAAAGGCAAGUAUGAGGAAUCGAGGCAGAAUGCCCAUAGGAUAUAUGUGGAACCUUAUAAAACAACACUUCUGAGUGAAGAGGACAAUUCCUGGGGAGCGAGCAUGCAGCCUGUAGAACAUAAAGAUGUGCACAAUGCUAUGCAACAGAAAAUGGAUCCAGAUGAUCAGUUGGGUUCUGCUGUCUCAGAAGUAUUCAGCAGCACGCUUUAA